CAAUGGCUGACUGCACUUCUCUUUAAGAUCAUCUUCCGCGUGCGCCCAGCGAGCACCGCGUCUUACCUCGUGUCGCUUCCUAUUUGGUCCUUCUUUUUGCCUUGCAUCUUUCUGAGCCUCGUACGCCUUCCAAUCGCGACCUGCUCGCGGCUCUAAACGACUUUGGUUCCUGUGUCUGGUGCGGCUCAGGCGUCAUGGGCGGCAGGUCUUCAUCAGGAUCGCUGGGCGGCAUAUCGAUGAAGCAUUUGUCCCUAGUCACGCUCACAUUUCAGAACUCUGCCCUCAUCCUGAUUAUGCACUACUCGCGCGUCAUGCCUGUUGUUGGCGGGCAGAGAUAUCACACGAGCACAAGCGUGUUCCUGAACGAGGUCAUAAAGCUGGGGAUAAGCUUGACAAUGGCUCUCUAUGACAUGUCGAAGACUCUACCCUCGAACACGACCGUCGCAACCCUAUUCCAUGCCCUAACGACCGCAAUGUUCACGAACGAGAGCUGGAGGCUCGCAGUACCGGCUCUUCUUUACACCUUGCAGAACACACUGCAGUAUGUGGCAGUCAGCAAUCUGGAUGCAGCGACGUUCCAGGUUACAUAUCAACUUAAGAUCUUGACUACAGCCAUGUUCAGCGUCCUGAUGCUGGGCAGAAGCUUGUCGUCGCGCAAGUGGUUGUCGCUGCUGGUUCUGGUGAUUGGUGUGUCAAUUGUGCAGCUACCAGGGUAUACCGCUGAACCUGCCACGAUGGAGUCGCUGCGAGAUCCUGAUUCUAAGGUCUGGCCACGAUCGCUCGAAGGGCUACGAGAUCUUGGAAGCCAUGCCGCUGCGCGCUUGACGAGGCGGUCCGGGUCAUACGAGGGCAUCAAAGAAGAUCGAGGCAUGGUAGCUCCGGAGAUGAACAGCUCUGUUGGCCUGGCUGCGGUGCUUGUGGCCUGCGCAUUAUCAGGACUCGCUGGCGUCUCUUUCGAGAAGACACUGAAAGAGUCGACAAGUAAGAACACAUCACUUUGGGUACGCAACUGUCAGUUGUCAUUCUGGUCGCUGUUUCCUGCACUCUUCUUGGGCGUCUUCUGGAAGGAUGGCGAGAUCAUCGCAAAGACUGGCUUCUUUGCAGGAUACAACUGGGUCGUAUGGGCAGCCAUCAUCUUCCAAGCUAUGGGCGGCGUCAUCGUUGCGCUUGUCAUUAAGUACGCAGACAACAUUGCUAAGAACUUUGCUACGAGCAUUUCCAUUAUUAUCAGCUGCGUCGUAAGCGUGGCGUUGUUCGACUUUAAAGUCACUGGAUCGUUCUUCAUUGGUACAUUAGUCGUCCUCUUUGCAACCUAUCUGUACACCAAGCCAGAGCUCGGUCACCGUCAGGGGCCAGUGAACAUUGUCAGCUUCGAAAAAACAACAGUCGACCGCAGGCCAUCUUCGUUCGAACAUGAGAAGAGUGGUACAAGAACACGAGGCGACAGCACUUCGAGAUCGGCCACGCCUUCAGUGGAGAGGAAAUCUGGGAAGCGAAAUUCGUGAGCUGGAAACGAG